GAGUUUGAGCGUUCCACCAGCAGCAGUUUCCAGAAAUAGUUUUGUUUUAUAUUAUUUCUUUUUUUUUUUUUUGUCAGUGAAGAUGUUGACAUUUGUGUUUGCCUCCAAACCAGUGUUUUGCUAGCAACUUAAAUGACUUAUUGUCAGAAAGGCUAUAUAUUUUCUCUCCCAGGUGAUCGUAUGCUUAUUUUCCAUGACAGAUCUUGACGACAAUAUAUGCAAAGGAUAUAUAAAGAUGAUAACAAAUAUAGUAAUAUUGAGCCUGAUCGUUUGCAUUUCUUUAAUUUUCUGGAUUCUGUCUAUGACUGCAAGUACCUACUAUGGUAAUUUACGGCCUAUUUCUCCAUGGCGCUGGCUGUUUUCUGUUGUUGUUCCUGUUCUGAUGGUCUCUAAUGCCUUUAAAAAGAAAAGUCUAGAUCGCAGUGGGGCUUUAGGAGGGCUAGUGGUUGGAUUUAUCCUAACCAUUGCAAAUUUAAGCUUUUUUACCUCUUUGCUGGUGUUUUUCCUUUCCUCUUCGAAACUCACUAAAUGGAAGGGAGAAACAAAGAAGCGUCUAGAUUCAGAAUAUAAAGAAGGGGGGCAGAGGAAUUGGGUUCAGGUGUUCUGUAAUGGAGCUGUGCCCACAGAGUUGGCCCUGCUGUACAUGAUAGAAAAUGGCCCAGGGGAAAUUCCAAUCGACUUUUCCAAGCAGUACACUGCUUCUUGGAUGUGUCUGUCUCUCUUGGCUGCACUGGCCUGUUCUGCUGGAGACACGUGGGCUUCAGAAGUUGGCACUGUUCUGAGUAAAAGCCUGCCAAGGCUGAUAACAACCUGGGAGAAAGUUCCAGUUGGGACCAACGGAGGGGUUACGUUGGUGGGCCUUACCGCCAGUCUCCUUGGUGGUACCUUUGUGGGCGUCACGUACUUCCUCACACAGUUGGCUUUUGUAAAUGAUUUAGACAUUUCUGCUCCCCAGUGGCCAAUUAUUGCAUUUGGGGGUCUGGCUGGAUUACUAGGAUCAAUUCUGGACUCCUAUUUAGGAGCGACAAUGCAGUUUUCUGGUUUGGAUGAAAGCACAGGCAUGGUGGUCAACAGCGCAACGAAUGAGGCAAAGUAUAUAGCAGGAAAACCCAUUCUUGAUAAUAAUGCUGUGAAUCUGUUUUCUUCUGUCCUUAUUGCUCUCUUGCUCCCAACAGCUGCUUGUGUUUUGUGGCCCAGGGAGUGAAUCUUACAUUAUUUUCACAGGUUGAAACUGUGGUGAGUUCAGCUAAAUUUUCAAUUCCAAGUUCUAUCUUAAGAAUAGUAAUUUUAGUGGUAUAAGCAGAAAUACCAGCUUCUCUCAUAUUCCAUUAUAAUGGGAUUCCACAUUUUUUGCUCUCAUCAGCUCUGUUGUAACCACUAAUAUCUUUCUAGUGAAAGAGAAGAGAGCAUAGAACUUACACAUAUUUUUCUUCUGCUGGAUGGAGCUUCUUAGCAGUGAAGCUGUAUUAUCCACUCCUGAAACUGAAAGUUCCUACCUAGUGGAGUGGAGUUGGAGUAGGGCGCUGUUGAGUAAUGUUCGACUCAUAGUGACCCCAUGUGAAAAAGUAAAAUUGCCCCAUAGGGUUUUCUUGGCUGUAAUGUUUACAGAAGCAGUUCACCAGAUCUUCCUCCCACAAGCCAAUAGGUGGAUUCCAACCCUCAGCCUUUCGCUUAGUAGCCAACUGCUUAAUCGUUUGCACCACCAGGGCUUCUUUCCUACCUGGCUGAUAUAAAUUUUGCUUUGUUUUAAUCAGUGUAAGGAUUAAAAGUGAUGAAAUUUUAAAAUGGUUCUCAGUUGUGGCAGACAAAAGCCACUGUGACAGUUACCCAAAUGUUGUGUCUGUUUAAAGCAGACUAUGGUGAUGUGUGUGGAAGCCUAAAUAAAUUUAGCAUCUUGGACUUCCCCAUUCACAAUUGUGAAAAGUAUUGAAUUUGGUUCCUAGUGAGCUGUGUUGUAUACUCUACAUUUUCCUUCCUGCCUCAGGGUUAGUGAUUAAAAAAAAAGUAAAAGUCUUUUUCAGAUGACCGUCAGAAUGCAUGAAAAAAUACUUUUAAAGUAAAAGCAAAAGAGAUUUGUAUCUAAAAAAUGUGCACCUUACUAUGUUUCAAUCGCUCUCUGAGCAGGAGUUGUCAUGAAUUUAAUACUUUCUGAAUAUAUUUUCUAACAUUCUUUGAAAUAUGCUCUGGAAUCUGGUUUAGCAUUGACCUCCUAAACAAUUAAAGUCACUGGAAAAUUAUUGUUUAUUUGCUAUGCUAGAAGUUGCUGGAAGAUGCUAUGUACCUUCUAAGUUGUGCUCUCCUUUACAUUGCAGCCUCAAUUAAAGUGAAUUCUACUUUUUGAUGUUGUUCUUCACUGUGAUUUACUGUGUGCUAAAAGAGUUUUGAUUUAGUACAAAUUAUUUUAUUAAAAGUAUUUAAAAAUGUUUCUCAUAUGAUUUCCAUACCUUUCUAUCCCUGCCUCCUUUACACCAUCAGAGCGGAUAAAACUUAGAAUUCUUUAUUAGUGAUCCAGACCCUACUACAGUGAUGAUAUAGGACUGACUUGGUUAAGGAAAAAGAAGGACAGUUGACACCCUAAUCCUUAAGCCAGGCAACUCAGUGGGUCUCAACCAAUGGUUUUCAGCUAUGGCUGUACAUUAGAAUCACUGGGAUAUCUUUAAAAACAAAAACAAAAACAAAAAAACUUUAGUCUGGGCUUUACCCCCAAAGAUUCUGAUUAGCUUGUCUGGGGUUUAGCCUGCAUAUUGGGACUUUUUAAAGUUCUGACUGCACAUUAGAAUCACCUAGAGAGUUGUUUUUUUUUUUUUUAAAUAAUACUUUAUUGUGUUUUUGGUGGGAGUUUACACAGCAAAUUAGGUUCCCAUUUAACAGUUUCUACACAAAUUAUUCAGUGACAUUGAUUACAUUUUCCACAGUUUGUCAAAUUCUUAUUAAUUCUGUUCUGGUUAUCAUAUGAGUUGUUUUUUUUUUUCCCCCUUCUAAAUUUUAUUU